GAAAUUGAUUUCUAGGGCGGAGGGUGGGUGUGUGCAGUGCAGAGUGCAGAGAAGGAGAAUCGAGGUGAGGAGAGGAAAUGGAGGACAUUGAGGAUAUGCUGAUCGGAACCACAACUGGUCACCCGGCAGGCUUUCGUUUGCCAGUAGCGGCAGUUGGUGUUGGCGUUGGAACGAAGAGGAAUCAGCGUUGUUCACCUUGUUCUUCUGCAAUCCCUGGCACUCAGACUAUCUACAUGAAGACCUUCGGCUGCUCUCAUAACCAGAGUGACAGUGAAUAUAUGGCUGGUCAGCUUUCGGCUUUCGGCUAUUCAUUGAGUGAUAACCCCGACGAAGCCGAUCUAUGGCUCAUCAACACUUGCACAGUCAAAUCCCCAAGUCAAUCUGCCAUGGACACCAUCAUAGCAAAAGGUAAAUCUUCAAAUAAACCACUAGUUGUUUCUGGCUGUGUACCUCAAGGAAGUCGAGAUUUGAAAGAGCUCGACGGGAUCAGCAUAGUUGGAGUCCAGCAAAUUCAUCGUGUUGUUGAAGUUGUAGAGGAGACUUUAAAAGGUCAUGAAGUGCGUCUUUUGACCCGUAAGACAUUGCCAGCACUUGACCUUCCAAAGGUGAGAAAGAACAAGUUUGUUGAGAUUCUUCCAAUUAAUGUUGGUUGUUUAGGUGCGUGCACUUAUUGCAAGACAAAGCAUGCUCGGGGUCACCUAGGGAGUUACACUAUAGAUAGCCUUGUUGGGCGUGUAAAAUCUGUCAUAUCUGAUGGAGUUAAAGAGAUUUGGCUAAGCAGUGAAGACACUGGAGCUUAUGGUCGUGACAUUGGUGCCAAUCUUCCAAAUUUAUUGAAUGCAUUAGUAGCAGAACUACCACCUAAUGCGAGCACUAUGCUUCGUAUCGGAAUGACCAAUCCUCCUUUUAUCCUUGAGCACUUGAAAGAGAUAGCAGAGAUUUUGCGGCAUCCAUGUGUGUAUUCUUUUUUGCAUGUACCAGUUCAGUCUGGAAGUGAUACUAUUUUGAGUGCAAUGAAUCGGGAAUAUACUGUGAGUGAGUUCAGGACUGUUGUAGAUACCUUAACUGAGCUUGUGCCAGGGAUGCAGAUUGCCACCGAUAUAAUAUGUGGAUUUCCUGGUGAAACUGAUGAGGAUUUUUCACAAACUGUCAACCUCAUCAAAGAGUACAAGUUCUCUCAAGUUCAUAUUUCACAAUUUUAUCCUCGACCAGGGACACCUGCUGCAAGGAUGAAAAAGGUUCCAAGUAAUGUGGUGAAGAGAAGAAGCCGUGAACUGACCAAUGUUUUUGAAGCCUUCACACCAUACUCUGGGAUGGAAGGCAAAGUGGAAAGAAUCUGGAUUACUGAUGUUGCAUCUGAUGGAGUUCACUUGGUUGGUCAUACGAAGGGAUAUAUACAAGUUCUUGUAAUUGCUCCAGACUAUAUGCUGGGAACUUCAGCUAUGGUUAAAAUAACAUCUGUUGGAAGGUGGUCAGUUUUUGGGGAAGUAAUUGAGAUGGUCAACCAUGUAAGUGAUGAUAAAGUCGUAAACAAGCAGGAUCCCAAUCAGGACAUGCAAGAGCCAGAAUCUUGUGCUUGUGGAAAUGAUAUUGACAGCUGCUGUGGUCAGAGUAAUCUCGAUAAGAAUGAUCAGUCAAGAGGCCCUGCAGAGCCACAGAGUCAAAACAGUAGAAAUUUCAUCGGAUGGAUACUGAGGAAGCGGAAGCAUCUGCACAAAGGGGUAGAGAGUGAACUUGCGUCCGGAUCUGUUCAAAAUCAAGAAGGGAGCAUGAAAAAGUUGGACUUUGUUGACAAGGCUCUUUUGAGCGGAAUAUCUAUCAGCAUCUUUAUGAUUAUUGCUAUAGUAGCUGCUCUUACGUUUAGGGUUAUUUGGUCCCAGUAAAAGGCUAUUAGUUUCUAAUUUUUCCUGAAUCAAAUUGUCAUUCUAAAGUUUUGACUUACAAAUUGGUUAGAUUUUAUCUAGUGUUUGCACAUGUAUUCUUCUGCAAAAUCCCACCCACAUUGCUUUAGAUUUUGUGGUAGUUGUAUUGAUAUGGUAUGGUUCAUAGAAAAUCCAUUUUGGACAUGUUUUGUGAAGGCAAACGAAUAGCUUCUUUUGCAAUA